AUGGCACCGUCACUUUUGCAGCCGCAAGGCCACCUAUCACCAGCCGAGACCCUCAAGCUCGCGCAACAAGCUCCCGACAUCUUGCGACGAAACCCGAAGGCCAUCUCGGCGUCGCCCCUCCUCUCGCUUUUCUCGGCUCCCGAGACUGCCGACCUGUGGACUAUCUACGAGAACCUCCUACUAUCAUGUCUCCGAACGGGCGACGACGAUUCGGCGCAUCAAUGCCUGGAGAGGCUCGUGUUGCGAUUUGGCAGCAAUAACGAACGCUUGAUGGCGCUCAAGGGUCUGGUCAAAGAGGCAGAAGCUAGCAAUCACAAUGAGCUACUCGCAGUGCUCAAAGAGUACGAGGACAUCUUGGAGGAGAACCAGACAAACAUUCCUAUCGCAAAGCGACGAGUUGCCCUUUUCCGAUCGAUGGGCAAGACGCCCGAGGCGAUUGCAUCCUUGAUAUGGUUGCUCGAAUUCAGCCCGACGGAUGCUGAGGCUUGGUCUGAGCUGGCAGAUCUAUAUCUGUCCCAGGGGUUAUACUCCCAGGCUAUCCACGCAUUGGAAGAGGUGCUUGUGGUGACACCGAAUGCUUGGAACAUGCACGCCCGCCUAGGAGAGGUGUCAUUAAUGGCGGCCAACGUUUCCACCGACGGAUUUCCACAGAAAUACCUGGCAGAGUCCCUGAAACGGUUCUGCAGAAGCAUUGAGCUCUGCGAGGAUUACUUAAGAGGCUACUAUGGCCUAAAGAAGGUUACCGACAAGCUCUUGAGUGAGCCCGCGAAGCUCAAGAAGCAGACAGAGGGUGAGGGUUUCUCUCUGCCGCAGCAGGAGACAAUUGAGAAGCUCAACCAGGCGGCGACCAAGAAGCUGUCAGAGAUAGUGAGACGAAAUGUGGCACAAGAGCCAAUGUGGCAGGGGUACAAUGCAGAUGAGAUUUCUGCGGCCAAGGCGUUGCUCGACAGCUCAUCGUCAAACGUAGUCCGGUGA